AUGACGGAGCAUGAAUUCAUGGAGCUGGCUGACAAGACUUUGUUCGACAUUCAGAGCUGGUUAGACGGUAUUGAGGAAAUGUUAGAAGAGUGCGACGUCAUGUUUUCGGUAGGAGUUUUGAAAAUCGAUUUGGGUGAGUAUGGUACGUGGGUAAUCAAUCGUCAGGUACCAAAUCGACAGAUUUGGUGGUCUUCUCCUAUAAGUGGUCCGCGUCGUUACGAAUAUGAUGCUGAAAGAAGAGCUUGGGUCAAUACUCGAGAUAAGGGAGAGUUAAAAGAGUUAUUGCACACUGAGAUUUUGGAAGCAACGGGCAUUGAAAUCUACACUUAA